AUCUUGGAAAUAAAAUGUUGGUUCAGUUGGGGACACACACCACAGAGAAAUGGAACCUAUAGAAAUGUAGAGUUUAAGGUAGACGUGAAAAAAGGUGAUGGUCCACUAUGUGUAUGACUUGGGCCUAAAUGUUACCCAUCUUGAUUGAUCCCUGGGUACCUGUAGGUGUGAGGAAUGCAUAUCCUGUAAAAUUAAGUACUCUGGUUUUCCUGGUCCUUUCCUUGCCUGUGUUUUUCCCCAGUUGUCUGAAGGUUUUCCAGUUGUCCGAAUACUGAGCUUAGACGUUAGUUAGGUUUGUUGGUUUCAGAGCUGCUGAAUGCCAAGCUUCCCAUCACUCUCCAAUUAUGAUCUCAUAGGUGACGGCUUCAGAACUCUCAAGUCAGCAGCAGCAGGUGAGGUUUUAACAAGUCUCUGUAGGACAGAUUGUUGUCUAGGCCCUCCCCAACCUGGAGCCCUUCAAAUGCUUUGGACUACGGCUGCCCUCCACCGCAGCUAAUGGAGGAAAAGGCUAUCAAUGGUUACUAGUCAUGAGGAGUGUGUUCUACCUCUCCUAUGGGAGACGGUUUGCCUCUGAAUACUAUUUGCUGGGAAAUGACUGCAGAAGAGAGGCCUAUUGUGCCUAUGUCCAGCUUGGCGACUUCCCAUAGGUAACUGGUUAGCCACUGUAGGGAACAGGAUGCUGGACUAGAGGCCUUUAUUUGCAUCCAGUAGGGCUCUUAUUAGGAAAUGGGCGGCAUCCAAUGGAUCUAGAGAAUGAGCAGUAGUCCCUCCUCUCUUUUUUUCUUCCCACCUCACCUUCCUUCCCAUUGGUCAGACAAAGACUCACUUGACAUGCUAAAGCUAUUUCUCUUUUUUGUUAUAUGCACCUUUUCUAUAUAUCUAUUUGCCAUAAGGAAAACCUAAUAAAACGUGGCUGCUUACGUUUAUGCUCAGUUCUACAGAUCCACACCCUCUUACCAAACAAAGGCAAGGUCUGGUAAAAUUAUUAAACAGGAACGGUCUUGGGAACCUGCCUGCAAGUUUCAGAUUCCUCCGCCUUAUGCAUACACCCAGGUAUUUACCAAAGCAGGAAUCUCUUGGAGUGGAUGGUGAACAGCAACAGAGUGGAAAAGUAGAGCAGUGGUAUUUUACUAACUUCAAAACUCAAGGGAAGAAAGACCAGGAGGAGGAGGAGGAGGAGGAGAAUAACAGUACGUUUAGCAUCCUUUGUAUUUCCUUGGAAUCUCACGGGAUCCGUGCAAUGGAGCCACUAUCUGAUAGCAACUCAGCAGAGGGAGGGAGAGUAUGGACACAGUAACUUCAUCAACAUUACCAGACGGCUUGAUGGUGGCAUGAAAAAUAAAGAUGCAGCAGAGAAAGACCAAAGAGGAUGACAAUCUGAUCACAGAUGAGCAGAAUUUCCAGGAGGCCGGUUAUGGGAGCUUACAGACCACGGAGGACUACAUAUAUGAAUUCAUCACCUUGGGCCCCGAGAAGGUCUCAAAGCACACCACUUAUGAAAGCUUUGCUGAUAACUAUGGGCAGAAUAUAGAUGAUGCCAAGGGUGGGAGGCAACCCAUGAGUUAUCCUGAGGUCCCACGGAGGAAUAAACAAGUGCCAUUAAGCCAUGCUGUAAAGAGCACUGCGAACCUCUUCAGUGAUGAGACAGCCAGGAUAGACUUUAUUCUAGUAUGGGAAUCGGAUUACCAGAAUUUGGAAGGGCAAGGUGAUGUGGCUGAGAAAUCAAAUCGAAGGCAGAAGAGAUCGCUUGAAAUACAUAGAGUGUGGCGAGAGAAUUUUCUGAAGAAACUCCAGAAGAAAGGGAUUAGAAUGGAAAAGCACAUUGCCCAGAAUGCAAGGAAGCUGGUGCACUUUAUAUUGCUGAGCGCUCCUUGGAGUGUGCUCUGUUAUUAUGCUGAAGACCUCAGGCUGAGGGUUCCCUUGCAGGUUGUGGACAAUAUUCAGGCUGCAGCUAACUGGUCUCACAGGUUGCUGGUGAAGCUGGGCAUUCCCAAUAUGCUCUAUGAUGAGGUUCCUAACUUUCCCUUGGAUUACUACACCUGUCAUUUCAAGGCAAAUAAAUUACCCUGGUUUCUUGGGAGUGAACAUCAUGAUACAUUCUUCAACACCACACAGCGACACAGAAUACUAUAUGAGAUCCUGGCCACCACAUCAUAUGGCAACCCAAAGGCAGGGCAGGUUGGAAUAGAAAGGCUGCUGAAUGAGGAGGUCUUCACAGCUGCAUUCCCAUUGCAUGAUGGUCCCUACAAGAUCCCCCAGAAGGAGAUUCCCUGUAUUCAGCUGAAUCAGAGACAGAUUCUUUUCCACUACUGGGCCCAGUGGAGUAAGUGGAAUAAGUACCAGCCAUUGGAUCACAUCCGCAGGUACUUUGGGGAGAAGAUUGCUCUCUACUUUGCCUGGCUUGGUUUCUACACUGGAUGGCUUUUGCCAGCAGCUGUAGUGGGGACACUAGUCUUCAUAAUAGGCAUAUUUAUGAUGCUUGAUGACAUCCCUACGAAGGAGAUCUGUACCAGUGAGGGGAAAUACAAUAUGUGCCCACUCUGCAAAGUCUGCCCCUAUUGGAACCUCUCCACCGUGUGCCCAAUGUUUCAGGCUGGUCGCCUCUUUGAUCAUGGUGGAACUGUCUUCUUCAGUAUCUUCAUGUCUUUAUGGGCAGUCACAUUCCUUGAAUACUGGAAGCGGCUGAAUGCUACCUUAACAUACCGCUGGGACUGUUCAGACUUUGAAGAUAUUGAGGAACGUCCACGGCCCCAAUUCACUGCUAUGGCACCCAUGACAACCACAAAUCCAAUCACUGGAGUGGAGGAGCCCUAUUUCCCCACACGGAGCCGAUUCAAAAGAAUCAUCGCUGGAUCAAUGGUCAUCAUCAUGAUGAUUGCUGUGGUGGUGAUGUUCCUGAUUUCGAUAAUCCUUUACCGGGCCAUCAUUGCCGUAGUUGUAGCCAGGUCUGGGAAAUACCUUCUUGUAGCUUCGGCUUCUCGUAUCGCUAGCCUCACUGGCUCAGUGGUGAACCUGCUCUUCAUCCUCAUCCUAUCAAAAAUUUACACUUCACUGGCACUUUUUCUUACCAAGUGGGAGAUGCAUCGUACACAGACCAUGUUCGAAGAUGCGUUCACCUUCAAGGUGUUUGUCUUUGAGUUCAUCAAUUUCUACUCCUCUCCCAUCUACAUUGCUUUCUUUAAGGGCAGGUUUGUAGGCUAUCCAGGACACUAUUCCACAUUGCUGGGUAUCCGCAAUGAAGAUUGUGGUCCAGGUGGCUGCCUCAUUGAACUUGCCCAAGAGCUGCUUGUCAUCAUGGUGGGAAAGCAAAUAAUUAAUAAUGUGCAGGAGCUCCUCAUCCCGAAGUUGAAAUCAUGGUGGCAGAAGCAGAAGUCUCACCGUAAAAGGAAUGAGGGCCAGGAAAGCACCACGAAGCAGCUCUGGGAGAGUGAUUAUGAACUGCUGCCCUAUGAAGGACUCUUUAACGAAUACCUGGAAAUGGUCCUGCAGUUUGGCUUCAUUACCAUCUUUGUGGCCGCCUGCCCCUUGGCACCUCUCUUUGCCUUGCUCAACAACUGGGUGGAAAUUCGCUUGGAUGCUCACAAAUUUGUUUGUGAAUACAGGCGGCCGGUUGCUGAGCGGGCCCAAGGCAUGGGCAUCUGGUUCCCUAUCCUGGAAGUCAUCACACACCUGGCAGUCGUUAGCAAUGCCUUUCUGAUUGCCUUCACCUCUGACUUCCUCCCUCGGCUAUAUUACCAGUACACGCGUGCCAGCGAUCUACAGGGCUACAUUGACUUCACCCUGGCCUAUGCCCCAAACUCUUUUGUCCUGCAGCACAAUGUCACAUGCAGGUACAGAGCAUAUCGAGAACAAAGUGGGAGGUAUUCACUAGCUUAUUGGAAUCUACUGGCAAUCCGCCUUGGCUUCAUAAUUGUAUUUGAGCACGUGGUCUUCUUCAUUGCACGUUUGAUUGAUAUGAUGGUGCCCGACAUCCCAGAAGUGGUGGGGAUCAAAGUGAAGCGAGAGCAGUUUCUAGCUAAAGAGGCUCUGGCUGAGAACAAGGCCCUGACUGAAGUGAUAGAUGCGAGAAAUCCAACCCCUCUGACAGAGAAAGCACCAUAGGAGGCUCAUGAUGCUGAAAGAUAUUCUGGUUUUGAUCCACACCAAGUUGCCAAGCUUUUGGAAGAGCAAGGGGUGAGGAGGUGAGCAGCCUAGAAGAACUUGUGCAGAAAAGUGUCACUUUUUUCAAGUGCUGUACUGUAGAAGGAGACUUUGAGCUUUUAAAGGCUUCAGGAAUUUGAUCGAUCCAGCUGCUUUAAGGACUUUGAGAAGUGUUAACUUGGCAAAGGACAAGAUAUACAUGGACAAUGGAUUAAUCUAACCAGCCCAUUCAUCAGCUCUGCAAUCAUUUGCCUAACUGAACAGCUUUGUCAGGCUUUCCAUGUCCUCACUGCCCAAGAAGUGACUUCUACUGAUAUUUAUAGAGUUAUAGUGAGCACAGAUGAGUCCUACAUUCCUGCUUACAAAGAGGGAGGGCUGCUUUUUAACUUGUGAAGAAGUACUGGUUAGUGACAAAAAAUCUUCCAAAGAGGUAAGAAGCUGCAUCACUUGAAUGGCUUAUAAGAAUGAGAGCUGCUCUGAUGAGCUAAGGGCAGAUUACUGGAGAGUAGAUGUGCACUUUGCUUAGCAUGCAGUGGCCAGCUUAACAGAAGAUUACUGCUGGAGAAGGCAACCAUUUGAGAGCUUGUACUGAGCUUCACAAGCUGCCUGCUCCUCCCUUCCUCUCACAGAAGCAAUACAAGACUUGUAUCUUCUGCACAUCAGUUUGAAUCUGCUUUAGCUGGAAGCUACGUUUCAGCAAUGUGGCGUAUGCCAAAUACUAGUGAUUGCAAUCAUGAUUAAACAGUACCCCUGCUGAGAGCAAAUGGACAGAAUCUGUUCAACAUUCAGUACGAACAGCUAAAAAGUGCAAGUUCUUUUACAAUUGUUUGGAAUUAAUUGUGAGUUAGUAGCUGUUUAGCAUUUCAUUAGGAAGGCAGGUAGAAAUUUUGAAUUAGUGACUUCUUUUUUUAAAAAAAUAAAGUAUACAGGAAAUAAAGACAGCCACGCAAAAGCUGUUUCAGGUUUUAUUUUAUUUUUUUAGAAUUUAUAAAAUUCCAGUGUCAUCCAUACUCAUGAGCCUUUAUACAUGUUUUGCAUAUAAUCUCCAAAUUCCAAAGUUAAGGCCAAGGGAUCAUUGCCAUGGAAACAUAAUAUGGAAGACAUUAAGAGGACAUGGAGCACACCUCCGCAGAGCAUCUGCUGCAGACUACAUGGGACAGAGGGGGUAGAGUACUCUCAACAGUUUGAACAAAUGGCUGGGUUGGGGGGGCCAUGCUCAAUGGCAGUUGAAGCCUAAAAACAUGUGCAAGUGAUGUGACUGACAUUCAGACACCAGGUAUACUACUGGCAAUACAUUAAAACACUACUACCCUGUUUGUCUCCUGCUCAGAUAGUAAGAGGGCUUGUCCUGCCCCAAGUGGAAUUAGCAUAGAGAAACAAAUCUCUCCUCCCUUCAGCUAGGUAUACUGAAAGAAAGAGGCUUUCCUUCCUGUUGGGUUAGCGGUCAAGAAAGACAA